AUGGCUCACUCAUCGUCACUCUUUACCUUUUUCCUUCUCACAUUCCUUUCUUUUUUCGCUGCUGCCCAGGACGAUGUUAAUCCCGGCGACGUGAACCCUGUCCCGCCCGUUGGAGAAAUCAAGACGGAAGAUCCCAUCUCGAGCCCUCUCACAGAGGGAUGUCCCAAGUCUUGCGCCGACGCCGGUAACGACCCUGUUAAUUGGACCCAGCUUCACAGCCUUGAGGAACUUUCGGGCUGUGAUCUGCCUAUGCUGUUUGCCUUCAACGUCGAGAACGAUUACAGCGAUGAUGCUACUUUAUACACCUGUGUUACCGUUACUUCGUCCAAGACCCGUCGCGAGGAGGGAAGCCGUGUAGAGGCGCGUGCUGCUGAGAGCUCUGUUUCUCUCGUGAGCAACUGUGGUGCUGAAAAGGCCACCGUCAAGGCUUCUUCCUCCUUCGGUCGCGCUGGUGCUCUUCGAUCUGGUAACAGUGUUGCUGCCGCCGCUGGUCUCCUCGCCGACUACCUCGAUAGCGGUGCUGUCUGUGGCACUACCAUUCUUUUCGCCAAGUCUGGCUCCUCCAUCGCCGGUCUGUACGUCGGCGCCGAGGUGCAGAAGUCUAGCGCCUCGGGCAGCCUUCGUCAGUCACAGGCUCGUCUGCAGAAGGGUGUUCAGGCCUUCCAGGUCUGCGAUGCUGGUGACAAGCAUGCCCAGACUCUGGGCUUCUUCGCUGCUGAUGCUGUUACUGACCUCGAGACUGUCCAAACUGCUGCCAGGACCUGGUCCAACGGCAAGUGUGUCAACAUUCCCCAGGCUACCCAGGAGUCUCUCAACCUUGGUAUUCUCACCACCAACACUGUCAAGGCCCGAGGUGUUGAGCUGCGAUCCCGCUUUGCUGGUGUUGACAGCAUGCUUGCUCCCCGUGCCGACUGCCGGGCUAUCCAGGUGAACGCCGGCGACAGCUGUGCCUCUCUCGCAAAGAGGUGCAAGGUCACCACCGCCAACUUCAACAAGUACAACACCCAGAAGAACUUCUGCUCCACCCUCGCCGUGAAGCAGUGGGUCUGCUGCAGCGCCGGUACCCUCCCUGACAAGACCCCCCAGCCUUCCAAGGACGGAACCUGCUACAUCUACAAGAUCAAAGCUGGUGACGGCUGCUACUCGCUCGGCCAGAACUUCGGCAUCACGCAGAAGUUCAUCGAGGAUGUCAACAAGAACACCUGGGGCUUCGGCGGAUGCACCAAGCUCCAGCUCGGUCAGCCUAUCUGUCUGAGCAAGGGAAAGAACCCCAUGCCCAUGCCCAUCGCCAAUGCUGUCUGCGGUCCUCAGAAGCCUGGCUCCAAGAAGCCUGCCAAUGCCAAGACGGGCUGGGAUCUCGCCGGCAUGAACCCCUGCCCCCUCAACGCCUGCUGCUCUGGCUAUGGUUUCUGCGGCAUCACUUCCGAGUUCUGCACAAACACCACUGCCAAGGGCGGUGCCCCCGGUACAAGCCAGACACAGCCCGGCUGUAUUGGAAACUGCGGCAACAAGAUCGUCGGCAACACCAAGAAGCCCGCCAAGUUCCUCAACGUAGGCUACUUCCAGGGUUACAACCUCGGCCGUCCUUGUCUCAACAUGGACGUCACCAAGCUGCCCGAGGUCAAGACUCCCUACACGCACAUCCACUUCGCCUUCGCUGGUUUGACCUCUGACUUUUCCGUUCUUCUGCAGCCCGACGUCCGGGAGCAGUUCCUCAAGUUCAAGGAGGUUAAGGGCAGCUGGAAGAAGAUCAUUUCCUUCGGUGGCUGGGCCGGCUCGACCGAUUCAUCCAGCUUCCAGCUUUACCGUGACGCCAUCAAGCCCGCCAACCGCGACAAGUUUGCCAAGAACGUCAUGACUGUGCUUAACAACCACAAGCUCGACGGUGUUGACUUUGACUGGGAGUACCCCGGUUCUGCUGGCUCUGCUGGAUCUUCUGCCGAUACUGCCAACUAUGUUGAGUUCCUCAAGGUGAUGAGGGCCAAGGUCGGCAAGAGUGGAAAGACUAUUUCUGUUGCUCUCCCUGCUGCGUACUGGUACCUUAAGCCCUUUGCCGUGAAGGAUAUGGCUCCUCUUGUUGAUUACAUUGUGUACAUGACCUACGAUCUUCACGGUCAAUGGGAUUACGGCAACACCAUGAUCAGCCCUGGCUGCCCCAACGGUAAUUGUCUACGCUCCCACGUCAACAAGACCGAGACCCUCGACUCCCUCGCCAUGGUCACAAAGGCUGGCGUCGACCCCGCCAAGAUCGUCAUCGGUAUCUCCAGCUACGGCCGCAGCUUCAAGAUGAAGGAUCCCAAGUGCACCGGCCCCACGUGCCAGUUCACCGGCAGCUUCAGCGUCUCCGAGGCCGAACCCGGCGUGUGCACCGGCGAAGCUGGCUACCUGUCCGACGCCGAGAUCCGCCAGAUCGCGUACGAUGCCAAGAACGGCAAGAAGGGCGUUACGGCCAAGACUUGGUACGACAAGGCUUCUGAUUCAGACAUGAUGACCUACGGAACUCAGGGCAAGGGCAUGACUGAUUGGGUUGCCUACAUGGGCCCCACGACCAAGCAGAAGCGUACGGAGUGGGCCCAGGGCUUGAACUUUGGAGGUGUUGUUGACUGGGCUAUUGAUCUGGAGACUUGGUUCUCCCCCAAGCCUUAA